UUCAUCCCAUUUUUCUGACAUUUCGCAGGCUCAGCUGAAAAUUUUGUGCAUAACCAUCAUCUAAAAAAUUUAAUAAAUUUAUUAAAAAAUAAAAUAAAAUAAAAAUGUUAAUUAUACGAAGAUUUCAAGAUCUAACUUUGAGAACACUUGCUGUUCGUUCCAACCUCAUCGUGCGAGAUUUCAGUGAUCGCAAAAAAGAUGAUAGCGACAGUAGUGACAGCGACCGGGAAGACAAGAAAAAACCCAGAAAACAACCAAUCAAAGAAGAAACUGCCGCAGAACGUUUGAACAAACUUUUGUCCACCAUGAAUUCCGAGGAUAAUACACAAAUUGUUAAAAAUAUAAACAUGGCAAAACCAGGUGGUAGUAAGAAACGCUCAAAGGCAGAAGAUGAAUCCAAGGAUGUUGUGGAGGCGGCAAAGAAUGUUGCCUCGCUGUUGGGAGAAGAAAAUCAAAAACAAACUGAAGCCGAACUAUUGAAUAAGCUUUUGAAUCCGAAUGGAACUCCUCCGACGACACAAUCAACUAAAGAAGCUACCGAUCCAAAUGAAUUGAGUUUGAGUGACCUAAUUGUGGGAAUGAAGAUUGAUAGGCGCCAACCGGCCAUAGAAUACUCUCGAAGCGAAUUCGUUCGAAAGAGUCUUGCACCUGCCCGACCUGACCAAAGUCGAGACAGAUCUGUUAACCGAGGAAGAGGUGGCAAAAAUCAGCAUCAACAACAACAACAGCAACAACAUCAACGACAACCAGAGCCAAACACUGGUAGUGUCAACCUAUUUGGUGCCAAGCCAUUAGAUAUAUUCAAGGAUCCCAGUAAACUUCGUGACUCUCCCGAUAUGAUCCAAACAUGGGACCAUCUUCACCAACACGAACUCAAACUGGCCAUUACCCAUCCCCCAGCAAACUACUUCCAGAAAAUGGCCCUUUGGACCGAACAAGGCAAGCUAUGGAAAUUCCCCAUUGACAACGAACAAGGCAUGGACGAAGAACACGCCACUGACUUUUCCGAACACAUUUUCCUUGAACAACAUUUAGAACCAUGGUGUCCAACCAAGGGACCUAUUCGUCAUUUCAUGGAAUUGGUGUGUGUGGGUCUCUCAAAGAAUCCCUACAUUACUGCCAGAGAGAAAAAGGCUCACAUUCUCUGGUAUCGUGAUUAUUUCGAGGACAAGAAAGAACUCCUUAAAGAAAUCAUCAUACCCCAAAAGGAAACUCCAAAAACUGUCCCAUCUAGUUAAGUUUGUUGUUGUAAUUGAAUAGAGAAAAAUAUAUAUAAAUUCAUAUUCGAACGUUCUGAUACA